UCGCCGGCAGCAGAGCUCCAACAUGUCGGCCAGCUCCGUGUUCCCCAUGUGUGUGCGGGCGGGCCGCGGCCUGCUGCGGCUCCGGGGCGGCCCCUCCCCGGCCUGCUGCUCCCCGGGGGUCCUGGUCCCCAGCGGCCGGAGCCUAUCCUCGGACAAGCCGGUGUCCGGAGCGGGCGGUGCCUCGGGCGGCCUGGCGCAGGCGAUCCUCCAGCAGCGGCUCCAGCAGCAGGGUCCGCCUCCUCCUGAGGGAGAGAAGGAGGGAGAGAAGGAGGGAGAGAAGACGGAGGACAAGAAGCAGAAUGAAAACACGGCCUACGCCAAGAAGAUAGUCCUCCGGUUGGCGGGACUCAUGGGAAUCGGGGGGGCGGUCGGCAUCGUCUACAUAUUCGGCUCCAACUCGGUGGACGAACAAGGACACAUGAUUCCAGAUGAGUUCGACAGAGAUCCUCCCGUCGUGCAGCAGCUGAAAAGAACCUUCAAGUACUUUGAGGACUACAGACAGAUGAUCAUCGAGCCCACCAGCCCCAAGCUGCUGCCGGACCCCCUGAAGGAGCCGUACUACCAGCCCCCCUACACGCUGGUGCUGGAGCUCACCGACGUGCUGCUGCACCCGGAGUGGUCGUUGGCGACCGGCUGGCGGUUUAAGAAACGUCCGGGCAUCGACUACCUCUUCCAGCAGCUGGCGCCGCUCUACGAGAUCGUGAUCUUCACGGCGGAGACGGGCAUGACAGCGUAUCCCCUCAUCGACAGCAUCGAUCCUCAGGGUUUCGUGAUGUAUCGUCUCUUCAGAGAUGCAACACACUACAUGGAGGGACAUCAUGUCAAGGACGUGUCGUGUCUGAACCGCGACACCAGCAAGGUGAUCGUGGUCGACUGCAAGCGGGAGGCGUUCAGCCUGCAGCCCUUCAACGGCAUGGCGCUGAAGAAGUGGGACGGCAACUCGGAGGAUCGGACGCUCUACGACCUCGCCAACUUCCUCAAGACCAUCGCUCUGAGCGGCGUGGACGACGUGCGCUCGGUGCUGGAGAACUACGCCCUGGAGGACGACCCCAUCGAGGCCUUCAAACGCAGACAGGCUCAGCUGGCGCAGGAGGAGGAGCAGCGCCUGGCCGAGCUCUCCCAGCAGAAGAAGCAGGGACUCUCUCUCGGCUCCAUCGCUUCCCGGUUCUGGCGCUCCAAGCAGCAGUGAGCCCCGCCCCCUCUCACACUCGCACCAAUCGCAGUCCGGCUCUCUGCCAGCGUGGAGGGGAGGGGCCGGAGGACAGGAGGCGGGGGGGUCUGCGGGCUGCAGCUGGGUGACCUCCGCGUGUCUGCGGUGCUGGAACGGAGCCAGGACAUUGGCCGUGGCGUGCACCAAUGAGAGGCGAUUAUUAUUUUUAUUUUUUUCUUGGAGGCGGGGCAUCAGUGGCGCCCCCCCCCCGGUGGUCAUCGUGGCGUCGGCUGAUGCAUCUCAGGCCCCGAAGCUCCAGGUCCUGUUGAAACUUUAGUUGGUCGGAGGCAGAUCUGAGAUCAGCACUGCUCUGGCCACGCCCGCUGUGGUCGGCGCCGCCGCUCACAGGAAGUGACAUCACAAUCGUUUGUGUUAUUCUCUGUUCCUCAGACUUUCUUCAAACCAUGAAUAUUGCUUCUAGAAUAAUAAAUGUACGUAACACAUAGUUCUCUGAAAGCGUUGAUUCCCUGUGUCGGUGGGCGGAGCUCCCGGCGGCGGUGUGGGCGGAGCUUGGUUCGGCGUGUGGACCUGUGGAACCGCAGCUGAGCCGACGGCAGGAGGAACGCUGGAGGAGAAGAACUUUUCAUUUCUACCGUUCUCCAAACGUUUGGUUUUAUUCCUCAUGACCAGCGGCGUCGGGUCAUCGGUUCCUCCUGAAGACGUUAGAACCAGCUCGCUAACCGGGUUCAUCCGGACGCCACCAGGCGCUCGCUGUCGGUCGGGCGCAGCCGGAACUAUUUCCAGCGGCGGAUUAAUCCACAGUGAGCGUUUGGGUCAAACUUAAAAAGAUGAAACUCCAGAUCUUCAUCCAGACGAGAGUUUCGCUCCGGAUCAGAAAUCAUCGCUGACGCACCUGUGACAUCACGUGACCGUUCACGCCCACUGGUCAUGUGACGUAAACGGGAAACAACGCUCGUAGAAGUAAAUACACAACCUGCCUCACGUCACACGAUUCUCAUUGUUUGUUAACUCACACAAAGCGGUGGGAGGCGGCCUGGUGUCCCGGGUCAGGGCUGUGAUUGGUCGCAGCGAGCGGUGAAACAAGGCGUGUCUUUGUCGAUGUUCAGUAAAACCGGGUCAUGUGACAGGAGAGGAGCCAAUCAGGAGAACGUUUGCAUCAUCGUUUACAAAACUCACACAAACACAAAACCGGAGUUUUCAAUCUUUACUCGAGUCUUUGAUCUAACGGCUGGAAAACUGGACGCCCGGCGUUACCAUAGCAACAGCGAGUAAUAAAACAUCUGGAUGUGGACGGAGACGUUUUUAAGAUUCUCUCUGUGACCUGCGAUGUGUCCGGAGUGAACGACCAAUCAGAGAGCGGGGACUGAGCUCGGUUACCAUGACGACGGGCUCGGCUGCGGUUCUGUUUCAUGUGUUUGUCGAAGAUUCGUGAUAAAAUAAAGAAAUGAAAUCGUGA